GGGCUAAAUUAUGUAAAAUCGACUUAAGAGAUACCAUUACCAGCUUCUCGUUUAUAAACUUGUCCGGCAGCCAAAAACCUGAACUCCGAUAAUGGCGGGGGCUAUAACAGACGAUUAUCAGAAGCUAUCUAUGUUCUUCAAAUCGGGGAUUUACCGAUUACAAGCUUCAAACGCCGUAUUCAUGGACCCAGUUCGCGUCCUUAACCUCUCAUACAAUCAUUUUAGGGUUUCUCCGUCUUCUUACUACUCUCGUUUCUUCGAACCGAAUCCCUCCGGCGAAGAGCAUUCUAGGGUUUCCAAAAAUCAAAGAAAACGGAAACGUAAACAGAAAAAACCUCCUGCGCUUAAUGAAAGAGAACAAGCUGCUGAAGAACGCCAUCAGAAGGCGAAACCUUUGUUGAUGAAGGCGCACGAACUUUUGCUCGGGGCUAAUGAUCUUCUGCUAAAUUUGGGGAAAUUGAGAAGUGAUGAUGAUUCUCCAACAUCUGAUUGUGAACAGUCGAUGGUAGCAAGUGAUGAACAUUCGUUUGUUGAGCUUGGGAGUGUAUGGCAAGCUCCAUUGUUUGAAAUUUCUCUGUAUCCUCAUCAGGAUUACAAGCCAACACAAGAUGAAAAAAGAAAUACUCCGGCAUUUGGGAGCUUGAUUGCUAAUAUGGCAAACUGUGACAUGGAAGCUGAUUUCCUAAAUCGCCAUUACAUUAUACCCAAACAGAGUUCCUUCUACAUGUCUGAUCUGAAGCAGAUUCAUGGCCUCAUCCCUGUUAAACGUGAUUGUGGAUACAAUCUUAUUGUUGUUGAUCCACCUUGGGAAAAUAGCAGUGCCUACCAAAAAUUGAAGUACCCAACUUUGCCAAAUCGAUACUUUUUGUCUCUUCCUAUUGAAAAACUUGCUCAUAAAGAUGGAGCCUUGGUAGCAUUGUGGGUAACAAAUAAGGAGAAAUUACGGGUAUUUAUUGAAAAAGAUUUAUUCCCUAAAUGGGGAGUGAAGUAUUUGGCAACUCAUUAUUGGUUAAAGGUGAAAGCAGAUGGUUCUUUGAUUGGUGAAUUGGAUCUUUUUCAUCACAGGCCUUAUGAAUGCCUUGUCCUUGGUUACUGUUAUCCAGAGGUUGAGGAUUUGGAUUAUUUUUCGAAACUAAAAUCCAUUCCAGAUGGUCAAGUGCUCAUCAGUAUCCCGGGAGAUUACUCCAGGAAACCCCCGGUUGGAGAGAUGCUACGCGAGUACAUACCUGGAUCACACACCGCUCGUUGCCUCGAACUCUUUGCUAGAGAAAUGGUAUCCGGAUGGACAUCUUGGGGAAACGAACCGCUUCGAUUUCAAGAUUCGAGAUACUUUUCCAGGACAGACACAAACACAGCCAGGACUGGACAAACUUUUUAGGGUUAUUUUAAAUGAUGAGGAUGUGAAAAAACAUUCACGAGUCACGUGUCUAUCUUGUUUCAUCUUUUUGGGUAAGAUAAAAACUAAAACUUUUUAUCGAGAGAGACAGGUUGGACUGUGUUUGGUAAGAUAAAAACUAAAACUUUUUAUCGAGAGACAAGUUGGACUGUGUUUGGUAAGAUAAAAACUAAAACUUUUUAUCGAGAGACAGGUUGGACUGUGUUUGGUGUAUCGAGAGACAGGUUGGACUGUGUUUGGUAAGAUAAAAACUAAAACUUUUUAUCGAGAGAUAGGUUGGACUGUGUUUGGUGUAUCGAAAGACAGGGUGGAGUGUGUUUGGGAAACCGCCGGAAGCUUGGUUUUCAUGAUAUUCAAUUCUGCCGGUAUGCUAUAUACUCCGCCAGAGCCACCAGCGGCGCCACCCCCUUGUAUGAUUCAAACCCUUCAAGCUGCUGUUUAGCUUCCGCCAACAACUCCUCCGAGAACUGCCGUGAUUUCUCAAGUCCCAUUAGUUUCGGGUAAGUCAUCUUGUCUACGAGUAAAUCUUUUCCGGCGGUUUUCCCCAAUUCCUCCGACGACUUGGUGACGUCUAAUAUGUCGUCAACCACCUGAAACAAUAAUCCAAUGCAUCUCGCGAACUUUCUCAGCUUUUCCACUUGGGUGUCGCUUCCUCCACCUAAUAUUGCUCCCAAUACGACGGCUGCUUCCAAUAGCGCCGCCGUCUUGUGGAUGUGGAUGAACUCAAGCUGGUCCAGUCCGACGUCCUUUGCACCUGUUGAAGCUAUGUCCACCACUUGACCCGCGACCAACCCUUCAGUCCCAAUCGACUUCGCCAGUUCUCCGACGGCGGCCAAAACGCGUUCAGGAGACGCGCCGACGGUGGCGCUUGCGAUGUGUUGGAAAGCGAAGGCGAGGAGAGAGUCGCCGGCGAGGACCGCCACGUCUUCGCCGUAAACCUUGUGGUUUGUUGGUUUCCCCCGGCGAAAAUCGUCGUUAUCCAUGCACGGAAGGUCGUCGUGAAUCAACGACAUGGUGUGUAUCAUUUCAACAGCGCAGGCGGCUGGCAUGGCGGUGGAUUCAUCACCUCCGACGAGCUCGCAAGCGGCGAUGCAGAGAAUGGGCCUCACACGCUUCCCACCGGCGAGGAGAGAGUAACGCAUAGCUUCAUGGAUUGUGGGUGGCGUUUUAAUGGAAAUGGAUUCAUCAAGCGCUCUGUUAACCCGAACAGCUUUCUCCCCCAUGUACGCCUUGAAAUUGAAGCAAUCCGACGAGAUUUCGCCGACAGUUUCCUGUUCUUCCUUGGUAAUCACAGCAGAAACAGAGAAACACGAAGAAGAAGAAGAGGAAACUCUGGAUCUUGGAUGAAUUUUGAAAUUGGGUUUACUGCAUUUCAUCGGCGUUUUGCAGAUCAAUCCGACGAAUGACGAUGACGAAGAUCCGUUGAACAUAGAACAUGU